UGUAUUUAGGCAAUAAUAUUAACAAUUAUAGAAACAAAUUAAAAUUAAAGGAAAUAAAAAGUCAAACACAAAGCACAUAACAAAAAGAGCACAGAAAUUUAGGUAGACAAGAAAAAAAUCAAGAAAGUUUUUUGGAUUUUUCUUUGUUGUUCUUUGCAUUGGCAGAUUAUUAUUUUAAUUAAACGUAACUAAUUAGUAGCUGUUUAUCUAUAAGAUUUGACCCCAAUUUUGGAAGUGGAUUUAAUUUAAUCGAACGUAACGUUAUAAUUUGAAUUGAAGUGAUCAAAUGCAUGAAUGUCGUCACCAACAAGGCGUUGUAAAUCUGAUGAUAGCAUCCACCUGAUUAAGGCGGCCGCCGCCAUCAACACCACCGUUAGCGGCGGCGUUAGCACUUCUCCGGCCACCUCUACAGCCACCACCCCUGACAAUUCUAUCAAGGGUGAAAAGAAAAAGGCUGUCAUCCCAAAGCUCAAUAAUUCCAAAAGCAGUAGAAAAAGUUUUGGAGAGCAUCUAAGACAAUCAGAUAACAAUGAUCAAGGUUGGGUUUACCAUUAUAAUCUUAUAUCAACGAGAAAAGCUUUUCUUGAAACGUCUUCUACAGUGAAGAGAAGUUUCUCAGCAAGGCAUAAUAGUGCACGGAUUGAAGGCCUAAAUCUUUCGAGUUUUGAUCAUUCAACGCAACCUGCUACUAUAAUUAAAAGUAUUAGGGUUUUUGCCGGGACAUGGAAUGUAGGAGGAAAGACUCCACAUCAUGGACUUAAUCUUGAAGAUUUUUUGCAAGUGGAAGGUUCUGCAGACAUAUAUGUAUUGGGGUUUCAAGAAAUUGUACCCUUAAAUGCAGGAAAUGUAUUAGUGAGUGAAGAUAGUGAACCAGCAGCAAGAUGGCUAGCCCUCAUAAGCCAUUCACUUAAUAAAUCAUAUCAUGAUUCAGUCACUGAUUCAAGCUCCCAUAAUUCAAAACAUUCAAAAGACUCAUCAAAAUCCAACUCCUUAUUCCAUAAACAUUCUCUUAAAGUCGCUAACAAGAGUUUAAGGGCAAAUAGUACCGUUCUCAAGACAUGUAAUUGUCCUUCAACGAGGCGUUUGAGAAAGCUUAGUGAACAUUUUUAUCCUCCCGUGACACAUUGUCGCGAUUCCAGCGAAGAAGACUUACAGUCGAUUGCAGAAUUUCCUUCUUCUAAUUAUGGUUUGAGUUAUCAUCUUAUAUCGAGCAAGCAAAUGGUGGGAAUUUUCCUUUCAGUUUGGGCACGAAAAGAGUUAGCACAACAUAUUGGUCAUCUCAGAAUAUCUUCUCUUGGAAGAGGUAUCAUGGGUUGUCUUGGAAAUAAGGGGUGUAUAGCAAUAAGCAUGUCAGUGCACCGGACGAGCUUUUGCUUUGUGUGCAGUCACUUAGCUUCUGGGGAGAAAGAAGGAGAUGAGCUAAGAAGAAAUGCUGAUGUUGCUGAGAUUCUCAAAACCAUACAAUUUCCCAGAAUUUGUAGGAAUCCUGACACUGGAAUGGCAGAAAAAAUUAGUGAUCACGACCGUCUGAUAUGGCUUGGAGACUUGAACUACCGAGUGUCUUUGAGCUAUGAAGAUACAAGGCUUUUGUUAGCGGAUAAUGACUGGGACUCUCUUCUGGAAAAGGAUCAGUUGAAUGUGGAGAGAGAAGCAGGAAGAGUGUUUAAUGGGUGGAAUGAAGGAAAGAUCUUCUUUGCCCCAACGUACAAAUAUUCUCAUAAUUCAGAUUCCUAUGCUGGAGAGACAACCAAGUCUAAGAAGAAACGACGAACCCCUGCGUGGUGUGAUAGAAUAUUAUGGCGAGGCGCUGGCAUUGAACAAUUAUCUUAUAUUCGAGGGGAAUCAAGAUUUUCGGAUCAUAGACCAGUUUGUUCUGUAUUUGCAGUAGAUGUGGAGGUGGACGCAGAGGUAGUGAAGAAGAAUAACUCCAAGUUUAGAAAAGGUUUUUCUUGCACUGCUACUAGAAUGGAGUAUGACGAUUUUAUACCCCAAAGACACAGCUCUUAUGAUUAUUGAAAAUUUGAAAUACAAACUCUAUCUAA